AUGAAUACGGGCCUUGAUCUCAAAGGAAAUGCAUAUGUUAGCCUCUUUCGCACCCCCUGUACCGUUUGGAAAUACCAUACUGAGUCUAGAUGCAUAAAGACCCUUUUGAUCCUCCUCUUCUUCCCGUUUUACAUCUUAUUUCAACCGCCAAUGACUGCAAUUGCCCGGAAACUUCGUCCUCGCCGAUUCCUGAGUGAGAUUGUGAUUUCCUGGGGUUUGGUAAUUGUUGGGCAUGGCCUCGUUCAAAACUGGCCAUCUAUGCUUGCUCUGCGAUGUUUGUUGGGGCUUUUCGAAGCAGGGUUCUUCUCGGGUUGCGUGUACCUGUUGAGCAGUUGGUACAUCAGCGCUGAGGUUGCAAAGCGAAAUGCUGCCUUCUAUCUCCUUGGGUCAUUUAUUGGAGGCUUCGGCGGUAUCCUCGCAUAUGGUUUGUCGAGAAUGGAUGGAAUCGGGGGUCAUGCAGGCUGGCGAUGGAUUUUCCUUUUGGAGGGCAUUAUAACCAUUGCCUUCGGUCUCGCAGCCUAUUUCCUCAUCGUCGACUUUCCGGAGGAUGCGCACAAAUCCUGGAAGUUCCUCGAUGAAGACGAAAUCAAGACUGUCAUUGAUCAAAUUAAUAGAGACAGGCAGGACGUUGAAACGUUGGUCACAUACGCUGUUGCCUAUUUCCUACCUAUUGUUUUACGUGAGGGACUUGGGUUCUCUGAGGCGGCGUCUAAUUGUCUGAGUACUCCGUGUUAUGUCGUUGCAUCAGUCCUUGGAUUUGUCGAAAGCCUCAUAUCUGACAGGGCCAUGCUUCGAACACCGUUCCUUCUCUUUAACUGCGUCAUUGAAGUUAUCGGGGUGGUUGUUUUGGGGUUCGCAAAACCAAGCGGUACCAGAUAUUUCGGAGCUUUUCUCAUUGUCGCGGGAGCCAACUCAAAUAUUCCCUUGUGCUUGACCUACCAAGCCAACAACAUCCGAGGCAUGUGGAGACGCGCCUUCUGCUCAGCAACCAUCGUUGGGGCUGGAGGGAUCGGUGGUAUCAUUGGUUCCCUGACUUUUCGAAGCCAAGAUGCGCCAACCUACAGGCCGGGCCUAUACCCCUGUAUUACAGCUACAUGCUUGACAUUUCUCUCUGUCUGCACGACCACAACGUAUUUCUUUGUCCAAAACAGGAAGCAGAAGGAAGGGAAGACUGUGAUUGAGGGCUUGGAGGGUUUCAGAUACACAUACUGA